GGAGUCACUCGCGAGAGCUACGCGCGUACGCUACGAAUCGCUACGCUACGUAGUCGAUCAAGUAUACUAACGACAAAUUACGCGCCGUACGGACUACUGUGACAAUACUUCCGAACCACCCUUGAACUCGUGUGCGUGUUGUGUAUUUAAACUAUCUAUUUGUGUGGACUGUGGAAUAUCUUCUUAUGAGCUUUCCAUGAAACUGCUGACGUGUUGACAUCGAUAAACAUAACGUUGAAAAGUACCACAACGGUUUUGGGAAACUUCAUUAAAAUAUAGUUUGUGAAAGAGAAAAGUUUGUUUGAGUAAAGUGGUGAACAAAGGAAGCAUGCGGCAGGGGGGCUCAGGUGGAUAGCAUGACAGCGUUUGCCACAGCGGCCUGAUGGCGCUAGUGCGCCGUAUUCUAGGCGACGCCCAGGCGAAACUUUGCAAAAUGGUUGAUGAACAGGUAUCGGUUGGAACAAGAGUGGAAACGGAAGCGGAGCCAGAGCCCGCUGAUCCUCUCAUCACACCAGCUUGUUCUGCACUCGAUAGAUCAGACUUAGAUAGACCAGUUCCUCCAGAAAGACGUCUCCUAAUUAGAACACUUGAUAAACCACGAAACGGAGCUCUUAACGGCGAUCGAGAAGCAACGCUUAACAGAUCAGCACGAUUAUCAAUUAGAAACGGAAAAGACAAUCCAUUUAUCGUUUCUUCCCCAGAAGAUGACAAUAAAGAAAACCAAACUAAUGGAAAGCUCGAUUCUCCUAUAAAAUGGAAUCAAAAUGGAAGCGACAGCGGGACAUAUGCAGAAAUAGGCAAUAGUAACACAAGUGAUAAGAAUCCUUUAGACCCAGCCGAUAGCUCCGAAGAGGAAGUCCCUUUGCCUGAUGCGACUUCACCAGGAAGAAGUAGCGAUGGACCUGAGCCCAGAGCUGAUAUCACUGCUACCCUCGAUGGUGACGCGGCGUCUCCCGGCGGACGGUCGGACCGAUCGCGGCAGGAGGAUGUGCCCGCGUCCCCCGGGAUGCUCACCGCCGCGCAGAUGGCUCGCCGGCUGCGGCUCGAGAACGAACGAUUACAGGCGGAGUUAACGCGGGUGCGUCGCUUGCUUGUCGCGGCGGUGGAGCGCGGGGAGGCGGGGAACGCGCUCAUAGAGCGGCAGGAGGGACAGGACGUGGCGCUGGACCCACAGCAGCUGGAGAAGGAGCUGCUGCUAGCGAGGGAAGCUGUCAGUUCCCUCAAGGCUGAUAAGAAGCGGCUUAAAGCUGAGAAAUUCGAUUUACUGAACCAGAUGAAGCAACUCUACGCGACUCUCGAGGAUAAAGAAAAGGAGCUCAGGGAUUUUAUUAGAAAUUAUGAACAGAUGAGAUCGCGUAGCGGUGCCUCAUCAGCGCUCGGGGCGGAGCGGGCGGAGCGCGAGCGAGAACGCGCGGCGUUGCUUCGGCACGCGCGGGACGAAGCGGAGCGGUCCCUGCAGCUCGCCGCCGCGCUCAGCGCGCGGGACACGCAACUGCGUCAUGCGAGGGAACAGCUGUUUGAGGCUCGAAGACAACUGCAAGCGGCUGGGUGUUUAUCAGAGGGCGAGAGCGUGGCAUCUCUGGGCAUUGGGCCGCCCAUGAUGCUCGGUCCCUCCGGACUCAUCGGCGACAGAGGCAGCUGCAGCGCUGAUUCAGGUGUUAGAGUUACAGGUAGUAGCGACGGCGGCGCGACGUCCGUGUGCGGCGGCAACUUGUCCGACUCGACCGCGGAGGGCCCGCACACCGCCGAUCCUUACGACGCGGACGCCAUCUCACUCGUCUCCUCCGCGCACCCUAUAUACCAGCUGAGCACGCCGCGCGACUGUAGCCCGACGCUGUCGCCGCACAAUAGCGCUUCCCCAUUCACCCGCUCCAUUGAUGCUGGCUCGCUCUCCAGGUCAGUAGAACAGCUAUCAAGUCCCGGGGAAUGCGAGGCGUCCCUCGCCAGCGGGAUGCGGUCCCGCGCCGCUAAAGCUGGCCGCGGCCGAGGCUCCGCUUGGGGCUCCAUAUCGCGCGUGUUCGCGCGCAGCAGACACCGCACUAAGUCUGGCAGUGCGGCGUCUAGUGGACAUGAGAGUGAGCCCGUGUACGCCGGCGGCAGUACCCGCUCGUGGUCGCCGCUGGGCAGCGAGGCGGCGCUGCGCGAAGCGGCGUCGCUGCCGCUGUCGCGGUGGCGCGCUCCCGCUAUCAUCGCGUGGCUCGAGCUCGCGCUCGGCAUGCCACAAUACGCCGCCACCAUCGCUGACAACGUCAAGAGCGGAAAGAUCCGUGCUUUGAAUGGGCAGGUUUUGCUAGAGCUGACAGACACGGACCUAGAGGUGGGGCUGGGUAUCACGCAGCCGAUGCACCGCAAGAAGCUGCGGCUCGCGAUCGAGGAGCGGCGGCGGCCAGACCUCGUGCGCAGCCCCGCCAUCGGCCAGCUCUCGCAUGCCUGGCUCGCAGCCGAGUGGUUGCCGGACUUGGGCCUGUCGCAGUACGCAGAGUCCUUUUUGGCAAACCUGGUGGACGCCAGAAUGCUCGACACAAUAAGCAAAAAGGAAUUGGAGAAAUAUUUGGGCGUGACGAGGAAAUUCCAUCAAGCCUCAAUCGUCCACGGCAUUCAUUUGCUCAGAAUUAUGAAGUACGAUCGACAGGCCUUAGCCGUACGACGUCACCAAUGUGAGAAUGUGGACGCAGAUCCGCUCGUGUGGACUAAUCAGCGUUUCAUACGCUGGGCUCAUAACAUCGACCUAGGCGAAUUCGCUGACAACCUAAAAGAUAGCGGAGUUCACGGAGGAUUAGUAGUUCUAGAACCUUCAUUUACCGGAGAGACAAUGGCCACUGCCCUCGGAAUACCACCUUCCAAAAGUAUUAUUCGGAGGCAUUUGGUUGCUGAAUUUGAUGCCCUCAUUAUUCCAGCAAGGUAUACGAUAUUUUGCCAGGUGGAAGAACUGCAAGUGGAGGCUGCCCGAGCAUCCAUGUUGUCCACAAAACAAAGAUAAACCUAAAAAACUAAAAACACUCUCGUAUAAAAAAUAAAGUAAUAUCGCUUCGAUGUCCGGUCCCAAUACGUGUACCUACCUAUGUAAAAUUUCCUCGUGUUAUACUCGUAUGUUAGUAAAGUGCUAUUUUUCCACAAAACAAUUUUUCUUUGCGAGAAUUGUAUUUUAUAGAAUUCUUCCGUCAAACUUGCUCGUUCGUGGAGAUUUUUUGAUCGAAAACUUUACGAGCGGUGAAGACUGAUAAGUUAUUGUAGGUAUCGUGGUUUGUAAGUAAAAGUAUCUCGAAAAGUUUUAACGAUCGGAAACAUUCGCGUAUGUUCACUGUUCGGUGCCAUCUUCUCAAUGUUAGAAUCGGUGUUCUUAAUAUAACCCUGACCUCCAAACUUUAACCGACCCGUAGAAUUAGAUUUUUUGACACAUCUUAAUGUAAUUCAGAUUGAAAUAAAUUCGAUAACUUUAGAGAGCGUAACAAUUCGAAUUAGUUGAAAUUCACGUAGCAUUUGAUGCUUCGUGCAAAUUAUUAUUAUAGGGGACGCUUAAUAUCCCAUUAUCACAUUAAUUCGAUACAUUCCUUUUAUCUUACGAAUUUAAAAAAUUAAACGAUUUUAAAUUAUUUCAUCGAAAAAAUUUGAUUAUUAAAUCGGAACCAUUCACAAUAGCUUUAGGAUUAAUACAAUAAAUAGCAUUAUUGAUAUUGUAAGAUAUCUAUGUUUUUGACUUGUAUUGUAUACAUUCGUAAUGUAAAAUUUGAAAUAAUGUAUGUAUACUAGAACAAUUGUAACAUUAUCGAUCGGUACAUAAAUGUGAAUAAAACUUUCAAAAAGACAAAACUAUCACAUUGUCAAGUUAUUUUCUUGUCCGUCACCCCUAACUUGGCGAUCAUCGAGACAGAACGGUAAAUCAUUUUAUCGAUAAAUCAUGAAUGCCUCUCUGUCAUCAUCAUUAGAUCACUAGGUCAUGUCGCACCUUUUCGGGCUUAGUCCACUCUGUCUUUCAACUUUAUUUUGAUACAAUAUUGUCAGUUAAUUUGUUUAUCCAUACGUGACUACUUUUGUUUAUUAUAUGUACACUAAUAUUAUGCUUCUCUUUCUUUAAACGUUUUGUCGUUAUUUAUUUCGUAUGACAAAAGAAUAAUAUUGUAAUCAAAUUUGUAUCCUAUACAAAUUCGAAAUGAAUUAAAAAAAACUAAUACACUUUUAGUUAGUUAUCAGAUUAUAGCACUAUUUUGUAGCAAAAUUUGGUAGUCAUUUUUCCUUAAUAAGAAAGAUCAAUUUGAAUAUCCAUUGAAUCGUCUUCUGAAAUAACUGAUUUGCCUUUGAAUUAAAAUACAAUAUUAUUUUUUGGUUUCCGUAAUAUUCUCAGUUGAGCUAGGUCAUUUUUCACUAUUUUGUACACAUUAGCAUGAUUUGUAUUCUUUCCUGUGCAUCAUGCUUUUGGUGUGAGCUGGAUUUAUUUAAUGUUAACAUAAUCUUCAGUUCAUUUAUCAUUUUAAAGAAAUAAUAAAUAGGGUGUGAAAUAAAAACAUGUGCAAAAUAUUUUGCAUGAAGCUUUCUGUGUUAGAGAAAAGAUGUAUCUAACGGCAAA